GCGGCGCGGGGCUUGAAACCGUACCUACCUUCGUAAAUAUAUAAAGGAUGUAUAAAGGAAUUGUACUGUACUGUAGUCAUGCCCUGCCUGUGAUUCUCCCGUCUCUUCCCUGCUGCAGGAUAAUGUCUGAGGGCGGCAGUCGGGGCGACGUGGCAAUGAGGGCGGACGCGAACGUCCACAGGCCGGGGGUCACGCCGGAGGAGAUGGCGGCCGGCUACGACGAGUGGUCCGAGAACUACGAGGAGAUGAUGAUCUGGAAAGGCGGGUACCGUGGCCCCGCCAUCACGCUGGAGGAGGCGCUGCGUUGCGUACCCCCGGAGCGGCGAGCCAAGGCCAGGGUGCUGGACGUGGCCGCCGGGACGGGCUGCGUGGGCCGGGAACUCUACCGGGAAGGCUUCAGGUGGCUGCCGCAGGGCCGCAGACAGGGGGAUGUCCAGUCACCAUACUUAAAUAUCCUCCAGUCCACUGCCUCCUGCCUGCCAGUGCCUCAGCCUCAACACGAAUCCAACGCCAAGAGAUGAAGAUGAUGUGUUGGAAAUUACAGCAGCUUGUGUAGAGACAGGGCCGCUGGGUGGGAACUGGGAGCGGGCAGGAGCGGCAUUACUAUAGUCCAUCGACUCUAACUUAAAAUUGAGCCCUGUUACUUGGCACGGGGAAGCCCCAAUUGUUUACAGAUCUAGCGAUGACCUGCGCAUGGCGUUCUGUCUCACUGUUAGUCUGUACGUUAUCUAUUUAUGGAAUUUACAUACAUUCAUGAUACGACUGCGUGGUGUUAUGAAUGGCUUGGGAUUAGAGGGAAAGACAACGACUCAGUAAACCUUCCAUAUCACUUGGCAACGUUGCCGCCUGACGGACCUUGGCAACAGGCGCCACACCGCACCAUUCAGCGUUACGCCAAAAUGGACAAAUGAAGUAGAUCUCACUCUCGCGCCCUGCGCAGCCAUGCAGAGAGAGAGAGAGAGAGAGAGAGAGAGAGAGAGAGAGAGAGAGAGAGAGAGAGAGAGAGAGAGAGAGAGAGAGAGAGAGAGAGACACCCUCUCUGAAGAGAGUAAUGGUGUGAUGUGGCACCAGCGCGGUCUCGUGGGGAAUCCUUGUGUCGCGCCCAAGGGCUCAAGUUAAAAUCGAUAGACUAUACUAUGUUAGGAAUUAGGCCAUUUAACCGGGGGAUUAGACAAAUUAACUAUUUCCCUUAUGGAACUAGUCUCGGGCCGAGAG